CCAUACAGUCUGCAUGAAUAUAGUGUUUCUUCUGUUUCUUCAUAUCCCUUCCUCAGCAAUCCCAAACUGCGUGCCCUGGCAACAGCCCUGUCCCCAGGCUUCCUGAGGUUUGGUGGCACUGAGACUGAUUUUCUCAUCUUUGAUCCCAACAAGGAUUCAACUUUGGAAGAAAAAAUCCUCUGGGAACUUCAGGCCCAGCAAGAGUCUUGUGGCUCAAGGCCUGCGUUUGCUGCUGUUGAGAAGCUACUGCUGGCCCAGUGGCCUAACCAGGAGAAACUGAUUCUUGCAGAGCAUAACCGGAAAAAGCACAAAAACACCACCAUUACAAGGAAUACGUUGGAUAUUCUCUACAGCUUUGCAGACUGCUCAGGGUUUCACCUGGUCUUUGGGCUCAACGCCUUGCUGCGGAAAGAUGGCUUGCAGUGGGACAGCUCGAACGCCCACACGCUGCUGGAUUACUGUGCCUCACAGAGGUACAACAUCUCCUGGGAGCUUGGGAAUGAGCCAAAUAGCUUCAGGAAGAAAUCAGGUGUCUACAUCGAUGGCUUCCAACUAGGGCAAGAUUUUAUUCACCUACGCCAACUUCUGAGUAACUAUACCCUCUACCGGAACACAAAGCUGUAUGGUCCCGAUGUCGGGCAGCCCCGAAAGCACACACAGAGACUGCUGAGAAGUUUCCUGAAAUCAGGAGGGAAGGUGAUCGAUUCUGUCACAUGGCAUCAUUACUAUGUUAAUGGACGAAGUGCAACGAGGAAAGAUUUCUUGAGCCCUGAAGUGCUGGAUACCUUUGCCACAGAUGUACACGAAGUCCUGGAGAUUGUUCGUGGGACUGUGCCUGACAAGAAGGUCUGGCUGGGAGAGACGAGCUCUGCCUAUGGAGGGGGAGCUCCCAGGCUGUCCAACACUUACGUUGCUGGCUUUAUGUGGCUGGACAAACUUGGGCUUUCAGCCAGGAAAGGGAUUGACGUGGUGAUGAGACAGGUUUUCUUUGGGGCAGGGACCUAUCACCUGGUGGAUGCUAACUUUGAGCCUUUGCCGGACUACUGGCUCUCGCUGCUCUACAAGAAGCUGGUGGGUACCAAGGUGCUGCAAGUCGGCCUGGCAGGAGCCGAUGAGAGGAAGCUCCGUGUCUACCUCCACUGCACAAAUGCCCUCCAUCCAAAGUACAGAGAAGGGGACGUGACGCUGUUUGCCUUAAACCUCUACAACGUUACCCAACGUUUGCAGCUACCGAAUUACCUAUCAAGCAAGCAUGUGGAUCAGUACCUCUUACUGCCUCAUGGCAAGGAGAAUAUACUUUCCAGGUCUAUUGAGCUGAAUGGCCGUGUGCUACGGAUGGUGGAUGACAAAACGCUGCCAGAGCUUACCGAAAAAACACUGGGUCCCGGCAGCAUCCUUGGCCUUCCAGCCUUCUCUUACGGCUUUUACGUUAUCAAAAAUGCCAAAGCUAUUGCUUGCAUUUAA